AUGAAUCUAGGUGGUCGUGAGUGGGUGACGUUUAUCGCUGGGAUUAACGCAGCUGGCUGGUCUAUCCCACCGUUUCUGAUCUUUACUGGCAAGCACUACCUAUCUGCCUGGUACGAGGAGGCAGAGAUCCCGCGCGACUGGGUGAUCGUAGUUAGCGAUAAUGGCUGGACGAACAACGAGCUAGGUGUUGCAUGGAUAAAGCACUUCGACGCCCACACGAAGACUCGUGUUCCUCUUGAUGUUGGCUGCUUCUCGCCAUUGAAGCGCGCGUACAGCCGCGAGGUGGAGAGUCUAAUCCGUUACCACAUCAACCACAUCACUAAGCUUGAGUUUCUGCCAGCGUUUAAGGUGGCGUUUGAUUGA